GCGUGUUGCACACGUUUGGAAAAGAACUCCGAAUUUUUUUGAAUAGCAGAGGCAAUGUUUCAAAAGUAAGAUGGCUUCCUUCGUGGAACAUUUCGUGAUCACAUCUUUGAUUGCAUUGUUAAUAUACUCCAACAAAUCUUACAUCAAAAAUGUAUUUUUUACAAGAGAAGACAAUGCCAUGAUUGGGCUUGAAGAUGCUAUCAGUAACUCCACUUCUAAGUACAAAAAGGUUGCCGUGGGGGUGAAUGCAAAUGUGGACUUAAUUGUAUCUGCACUGAAAUUGUUCAGCGAACUAAAUAUAAAGCCAAGUUCUGGACCUCAAAACCAUGAUACAAUCUCUUCUCUGGAAGAUUUGGAGGAGUGCUUUCAGUUUUACUUUAAAAGAUGUGCAGCUGCUGAAAGAUUUGUUUCAUCAAAAGAAGUGUUUGACAAGAUUGUGGCAGCUGCCAAAAGAAUUUCAAAUGCACAAUAUGACGUGGGUGGUAAUGCAGCUUUAAUGGGGUUGAAGAUGAUAUACUCAAACUCGAAUAGUUCUAUUCUCCUUGGUGGACCAAUUGGACCAAAAUUAGAAGCAAUGCUUGACAAAAGAAUAGUCAUACCCAAAGCGUUGCGACAAGCCAGUGAUGAAUAUCAUUUGAUUUUAGAAUAUGGUAAAGAAGAGAAAUGGGGAGAGCAAAAAGCAUCGUGUGCCAACAGGUUUAUUAUUACACAUGAUUCUGCUAAUGGUCAGAUGACAGCAAUGGAGAAAUUUUUUGAUUCGUUAAUUGACUUUCAACCGGAACUAAUAGUCAUAUCUGGUCUUCACUUACUAGAAGGUCAAUCUGACAAGAUUCGACAAGAAAAGUUGAGUGAGUUGCGACAUCGUCUAGAAGCUAUCUCUGAGGAUACGCCCAUACAUUUAGAACUAGCUAGUAUGACGUCGGCAACGUUUAUGAAAGAUGUGGCGCAAACUAUUUUUCCAGUUGUAGAUUCGAUAGGUUUGAAUGAACAGGAGUUAGCAUUUUUGUCGACCUCACUUGAUGGUCCUGGUGGCAGUGAUGAAUUGGCGCAGUGGCCACCAGAAAUAGGACUCAUGGCUGAUUCACUCGACUGGUUGCUCCAAGUAUUUGGAAAAAACGAACGUUACGGCUCUGUUAGUUCCAGACUUACUCGGAUUCAUUUUCAUUGUUUAACAUAUCAUAUAAUAGCUGCGUUUCCUGAAUCAUGGAGCAAUAGUUUAGCCGCCACAGCUGCUGGUUCUAGGGCGGCGUCACGCCAAGCGUGCAACAAAGAACAUUUAGAUAGUAUCGAUGUAGAAUUAAGAACCCCUAAGGUAUUUGCUAGAUCCGUGAAAUUUUGGGAAUUGAGAAGGAAUCUUGUGAAACGAGAUAAAGCAAAUCCAGUGAUUUCUUGGGAACACAAUGGUGCGGAAUUUCAUUUUAGUGUUGUACUUGUCUGUAAACAUCCGAAAAGAACUGUUGGUUUAGGCGAUUGUAUUUCAGCAACAGGGUUGCAAUAUUCUGAUUUUUUAUUUAAAUAAUGCUGGUUGUUUUUUAUAUGUUUUUACGGUUCAAUAUUGUACAAUUGUUGUAGUUGUCGUUGUCUCGAUUUUUUUGUUUUUUAAUAAGUGAUGCAAACAAAUGCAUCGUGUUUCAUACACAUUAUGUUAUGAAAA